AAGGUAAAACCAACGGGGAGGUUUUUUAUUGGUUAUCUAUUCAUGACGAUAAUCCAAAGUAUAUUUGUCUACUUGGAUUAUUUUAUAGUUGGGAAAUUGGCACCAAAAAUGAAAACGUCGAUGUAUUUAAUCUAUUUCUUAAGGCAGCAAAUUCAAACGAUAUUAUUGCUCAAUAUUUUGUUGGACGAUGUUAUGAAACUGGUUGGAACAUCAAAAAGAAUAUGAAGCAAGCGAUUGAAUGGUAUACCAAGGCGAGCAAAGCUGGAUGUGCAAUCGCGGAAUGUAUGCUUGGUGAAUAUUGUUAUAAACUUAAUAAAUAUGAACAAGCAUUUAAUUUGCUCAAAAGUGCGGCUGAUAAAGGAAAUGCACUAGCAAUGAAUACAUUAGGAAUAUGUUACCAAAAAGGCUAUGGAACGAAUGUUGAUAGAAUAGAAGGAUUUAAGUCAUUUGAAAAAGCGGCUGAAAUGGGUUUAUCUGCUUCACAGUAUGAGCUUGGUGAUUGUUACGAGUACGGUAAUGGGACAAAAAUAAAUUUGGAGAAGUCAUUAUAUUGGUAUCAAAAGGCUUUAGAAAAAAAUCCUAACUACUGGAAUCAUGUAAAACGUGUCGAGAAUAGAAUUAAACAAUUAAAUAACCAUCACUAA